AUGAUUGAAGAAGAAGAGGAACUGGGCUCGGCUACCUAUGAAAAUCAGUACUAUGAUGAUGGUGGCGUUUCUCCAAAAGUUCGUAAGGAAAGAAUUAUGAAGCGUAAACCAAAUCCUCAGUGCUUCUUAUCCUCCAAGAAAUACGCUGCACUCCGUUUCGGACAAACAACAAAUAGACAAGGAAAACCAUUUAUUUGGGCUCAAAAUGAUGCUAAAGCUAACAAAAAUGGUGCACGCCAUUUAAUUGUGCUCGAUGAUGGUACAGAAUACGUCGGUGAAUGGAAGAAUAACCUUCGUCAUGGAUGUGGUGAACACUUUACUGCAGAAGGCGUUUAUGUUGGUGAGUUUGUUGAUGAUGAAUAUUGUGGAAAAGGUGAUUACUACCUCUGGUCAGAUAAAACAAACUGCGAUCAACCAGGAAAGUGGGCUUAUGGCUCUGGCGAUUGGAAAGAUGGCAAACAAGAUGGACAUGGCAUUAGAUACUACCAAAACGAUGAUACAUACGAUGGCGAAUUCUACAAAGGCAAGAGACAUGGACAUGGUAUCAUGUACUAUGCCAAUGGUGAUGAAUACGAAGGCGAAUGGGUUAAUGAUCUUCGUUGUGGUGAAGGAAAGCUUACAAAAGCUAAUGGAGACUGGUUUACAGGCCAUUAUGAAAAUGAUAUGAGAAAUGGCGAAGGUGUCUUACAUAUUGUUGCAACAAAAAGAAGACUUGAAGGUAUCUGGGUUGAUGAUUACUUCAAAGGUGGUUCUUAUUACGAUGAAGCACCAGAUUUACGCUAUGUCCAACCAGAUGAUCCAUCAGGCACAACAGAUGGCCUUAUUAAACCAUUGAUGUUGAAGAACCCAGAUAAAGUUCUCCAGGAGAUCAUUGAAAGAAACAAGAGACCAAGAAAACAAUAA